CAUUAACUGGGUGUGCAGAGUAAAAGACCUUCCCUAAUAAUAGGGGACCCCCAAAACCUCAGCCUCCACGUCACCUUCUGUCACCAUACCCCCUCUAUUCUAUUUAGAGCUCCAUAGAGCAAACCCAUCGGCAUUAAAGUUCCAUUUUGCACCUUAAACACCCAAAAAACAGAGCAACCCAACCAAAAACAGAGCAAAUCAACAGAAGGGUUCUUAUAAAUUUGGAGUCUUGAGAUCACAUUCGAGAUGGGUAAUUGCCAAGCGGCGGAGGCGGCGACGGUGCUGAUUCAGCACCCGGGAAGCAACAAGGUCGAGAGAAUUUACUGGUCUGUGAGCGCCCAUGAGGUCAUGACUUCCAACCCAGGCCACUACGUGGCUCUUCUCAUCGCCUCUCGCACCAUGAAGUCUGAGAAUGGCGCCCCUGUGAAGCAGCUCAAGCUUCUCAGACCAGACGACACUCUGCUUAUUGGACAGGUUUAUCGCCUCAUCAGUUUCGAAGAUGUGUUGAAGGAGUUUGCUGCUAAAAAAUCUGUGAAACUAGGGAAAUUGCUGAAGGAUACAGGCGGGGCUGGCCUGGAAAUGAGGAUGAAAGACUUGGGUGGUCCGAAUCCGAAUCCAAAUUUGAAGUCCGAGAACCACAACUCCAUCAAGGUAACCAUGCAAAACUUUACAAUUUUUUGUUUAAUAUGAGUGAUAGUUUAAAAU